GUACUGAAGUUCUCGGUGUUUCGAAUUAUUUAAUAAAACAAAAGCGGUGUGUGUUACCUGUUUCUAGAACAAAUUCGUGUGAUAAAAUUAAAUGAAAUAAAAUAAACCUACAUUAAAAAUAUGGUUGAUUACAGUAAAUGGAAGGAUAUUGAGAUUUCUGAUGAUGAAGAUGAAACGCAUCCAAACAUCGAUACACCGUCAUUAUUCCGAUGGCGUCACCAAGCCAGAGUCGAGAGAAUGGAAGAGCGGAAGCGCGAAAAACAAGAACAUGAACAACGUAAAGCAGAGAACUUAAGAAAAGUUAGUGAGACAAAGAAAAAGAUAGCUGAGGCUGCACCUAACAGCAGUGAUUUAGAAUCCUUGAAAAAGGCCCUUGCCGAGUUAGAAAAAGAAGAAAAAGCCAUCCUAAAAAAGGAAGCUGAACUAAAAAAGAAAGAGAAAACAACUCCAUGGAAUGUGGAUACCAUAAGUGAACCAGGAUUUACUAAAACAGUCAUUAAUACUAACGCAACACGGCCCAAGGAAGAAAACUUGACAGAAGAAGAAAAAGAAGCUAGAAUGAAAAAGUUCAUUGAUGAAAAUGAAAAACUUUUGAAGAAGUUUGGUAUGUUAAGAAAGUAUGAUGAUUCAAAACAAUUCCUGCAACAGCAUAGCCAGUUAGUUUGUGAGGAAACAGCAAACUAUCUUGUCAUAUGGUGUAUCAAUUUAGAAAUGGAAGAGAAACAUGACCUAAUGGCACAUGUAGCACAUCAGACCAUAUGCAUGCAAUACAUCCUGGAGCUCUCUAAGCAGUUGGAUGUUGACCCUCGGGGCUGUGUGGGGUCCUUCUUUACAAGAAUCCAAGUAGCUGAAAAAACUUAUAAAGAUACAUUUGAUGAUGAGUGUGAACAGUUUAAAGCAAGAAUUAAGAAACGUGCUGCUGAAAAGAUCCAGGAGGCAAUUCGUGAGCAAGAGGAAGAAGAAAGAAAGGCUCGACUGGGACCAGGUGGGCUCGAUCCAGUUGAAGUAUAUGAGGAGUUACCUGAUGAAUUAAAAAAAUGUUUUGAUUCACAAGAUAUACCAAUGCUUCAAGCAACCAUAGCUAAGAUGCCAGAGCAAGAAGCUGUAUAUUAUAUGAAGAGAUGUGUAGAUGCAGGUCUGUGGGUGCCCGGGAAGAAUGAUGAAGAACCAACUAUGAAAAACAAUGAGGCUGAAAAGACAGAUAAAAAUGAAAAAGAACCAAUAUACUCUACAACAGAUGAUGUAGAUUAAGCUCUUCUGAUCACUUUUGCUUAAGUGUAACAUUUUUUAACAUAAUAACUGCUUAAAUCUAAUAGUUAGUGGAUUGGAACGUGAAAUCAGAAUAAAUUUUUUUGUAAACUUGUAAUUACUUUUGGUUGCACAUCUUUGACUGUACUACUACAGCUGCACAUUUUAGAUCUCAAACCAAAUUUUAAUAUUUAAACAGCAAUAGUAUCUCAACCUGUACCACAUAAGUUAGAAAGUUGAAUUUAAUGGAACCCGAUGAUAAGGUUGACAUACGGAGCAAAAUAAUGCAAUUACAGAAUUGCAUUAUGUGCUAAUACAAAGGGAAUGAGAUCCACCUACCAGAUAUUUAAUUUUGAUACUUAAAUUUUCAAAACUUGCACUUUGUUUUAAAUAUUUAUAUAUACAUGUAACAUUGCCAUUUUAGGUCUUAGUAAAAUUUAAAACAAAUGUGUUUUUAAAUUUAAAUGUGUAGGUUUUUUUUCAAAGGGUCAUAUAUAUUAUUAAAUGUUCUUGUUAGUCUACUUCACUAGUACUUCCAAUAAAUAGACUGAUGUCUCGAUAAAAACACCAACAUAAAGUAAUCUUAAGCAAUACAAAUUAGCCUUGAAUAAAACGCUUGUAUUAAAAUUUAAAAAAAAUCUAUGUAAAUUCUUAUUGUGUAGCAUAGUCAAGUUCACAUUUUUAAUAAUGUUAUUACAAAUAAAGUAAUAUUUUCUUUCAAUUUAACCCAAUUUAAAUAGAACUGUUGUAACUUAUGAAAAUAUUGAAUAAACUCAAGAUUUACUCA